AUGCUGAAGAAUGUGAAAGACUUUGCGUCGUUCAGGCCAACGUGGGCGAUCCGUGCAGGUCCUAUACACACGACAAAUGGACACAGUUGUGCUAUCUCAGUCAUUACGAUGGACGGGGAUCAGGGACGAAGUCCAUUGAGCACUCGGAACUCGAAUCUUACGUAUGGAUCGUUGGACGACUGCAUAGAAUUCGCGUUGAAGUGCCGUAACGAUGCUUUGGAAAUUCAUGGAUCAUCAAUGCGAUUGUUCAGUGGCUCAUUGAAGACGAAACGGUUGAAGGAGGUAGCUUGCGAGAGGACGGUCACGUCGUCGUACCAUUUCAGCGUAUUCAUGCCGUAUGAAGAAUGCGGAAUUGAGAAAAAGACUGUGCCAUAUCCCUCCUACAGUGGUCUAAUUCACGUCAAAGAAGGUAGUACCACCCUGGUGACGAUCCGUGAUAAACUUCUACAG